CGUUUCCCGAAAAUUUUUAACAUUGGAAACGAAGAAGGCGCUUUCACUCCCAAAAUCAAAAUUCAGUAAGCAGUCAUCACACUUAACAAAAUCUUUGAGCUUCUUAGCAAAAUCUCUGCGCUUCUUCUUCGUAGCAGUCACUGCUCGUCCUCGCCGUACCGGCCGCCAAUUUCCCUUUACGUGUCUGCGUAAACAAGCGCGUCGAAGUUCAUUUGCAGAGGGUGUAGCUCGAUCUCAGCUGGGAGAGGAGUGGUCCGCGUGUUUUCUGCGUUCUGAUUUGGAUUUCCGAAGGGGUUGAAGCGCCAAUUAGGGGUUUUGAGGUUCGGCAAUUGUAAAGUUUGAUGAAUCUUACCUGCAAAACCCUAACUUUAGUAUUUGAGCUAGGUGUUUGUGGGGGGAUACACUAGAGGUCGGAGCUGGACUGAGAUUGGAGUUGGAUAUGGGAUUUAUUUUGAUGUUCGUAUUGUGCCCUGGUCCUGAUUGAAGUGGUUGAGGAAAAAAGUUAGGGUUUUUGAUUCUCGGCGUUUGAGUUUGGGUGUUUGUGAUUGUUUUGGGCUGCUGAGUGAGAAUUAGAGUUUUACGUGUAUAUAUGUAUCAAUAAAGAGAAGAACUUGAAGUUGUUGUUGUUGUUGUAAGAGGUGCUCGGUGAGGUAGUGAAAUAGAAAGAGAAUAAAAAUGUUCUAUUCACAGUUUAUACUGGCAAAGAAGGGACCUUUAGGAACCAUAUGGAUAGCUGCACAUUUGGAGAGAAAGCUUCGAAAGAAUCAGGUUGCUGAUACUGAUAUUGGCGUUUCUGUAGACUCAAUUCUUUUUCCUGAUGUUCCAAUUGCCCUCCGUUUAUCUAGCCAUCUUCUACUCGGAGUUGUGAGGAUAUACUCUAGAAAGGUGAACUACCUUUUUGAUGAUUGUAGUGAGGCUUUGCUCCAGGUAAAACAAGCAUUUCGCUCAACUGCUGUGGAUUUACCCCCAGAAGAGUCUAAGGCGCCAUACCACUCUAUCACAUUGCCAGAGACUUUUGAACUUGAUGAUUUUGAACUUCCAGACAAUGACAUUUUUCAGGGUAACUAUGUUGAUCAUCAUGUGAGCUCAAGGGAGCAGAUCACCCUCCAAGAUACCAUGGAGGGUGUUGCUUACUCCACGUCUAAAUUUGGAUUAGAUGAAAGGUUUGGUGAUGGUGAUACUUCAGGUUUAGACCUUGAAGAGGAAUUAUUUUUGGACAAGGUUGCUGCUACAGGAGAUGCCAGUGUGAGUGCUGACCCUCAACCAUCUGUUGAACCAAUGACACCUCUGAAGCAAGAUGAACUUCGUGAUGUUAUGGCUGCAAACUCAGAGAGCAUGAUUGAUGGUGCUGAAGGAGAUGCUGAUUUUAUGGAGUAUGCUCAGGCCCCAUGCACCCCUGGAUUAGCAGAAGAGCCAAAUUUAUCUAAUAUUCAAGAGACUUCAGCAUGUGAUGACCAUCUGGAGACUGAAUAUCAGCAUUUAACUGAGUCAGUCAUGAAAGAAGGUUUGCAAAAUAUUUCUGAAGGAGCUGAUGUUCAUGAUGGGAGUAGUCUUCAGGGCCAUAUGCCUUCACCCAAUGAUGCAAAUCGUGAUGCAGUUCUUGACUUACCUUCUGAGGAGAAUGGCUGCCAUUCGGGAAAUGAACAGUUCCCUCCUCCCGAAGUUGUUUUUGGAUGUGUGCCAUCUGAUGAUCAUGCUUUAGCAUCUGGAGCAUCUGCUCCUGUUGAUCCAGUUAAUGCACCUUUGCUGGAAUUAACUGAUGAGACUGCUAAAGCAUCUGAUGACCCCAUAUGGGAGGAAAACCUUGAGAAUCAGAUUUUCAGCAAUGAAAAGGUUAACAUUUCUUCACAUGCUGGCUUUCAUGAAGGUUGCCCAAGUCCCAUUGGAACUACUUUGGAAGAAAAUGCUCACAUUUCUCCUGGUUUGACAAGCAUUGACCUUCCACCUUUAGUAGGUGUUACACAAAACAAUCCAACAUCACCCAAUAUACAGGAGUCAGAAACUUGUCAGGAGCAAAGUAAUUCUGGCAAUAUAAUGGCAUCUGCCCAAAUUCACAUCCUUAAGCCGUGCAAUGCUCAGGACCAGUCUGAUACAUCAAUGCCAUGUUGUGAACGUCUUGAUCCUGAGUUACCAUCUGAUGGUUUUGGCCUCUAUCAUCCUGAAAAUUCUCAAGAGACAUUACAUGCUUCAGAUCCUUCUACUGUCCCAGGUGAAAAACACCCUUCAAGUGAUAAUUUAGAACAAAUCUCAGAUGAGAAUCACACGAAGGUACCUACUUCACAUGAAGACAAUCAGACUAGUCAAAAAUCAAAUGUUCAAGUGGAUGAAGUCAUUUCUGGAGAUUGCCCAGUGGAGAAUCUAUGUAACUCUACUCUUCCUGAUCUGCCAGCGCCUGAGAUAUUGCUUUCAGUACCAGGAGGGGUUGUUGAAAUACCUAGGGGUGUUCUAGUGGAGGAUACACCAGGGGACUCAGGCAGGAUAAAUGAAACUGAUGCCCGUAAUUCUAGUAAACUUGUAUCAGGAAGAAAACGCAGUUAUACUGAAAGCACACUGACAGAGCAAAGUAUGAACUCAUUUGAAUCAUCAAGGAUGAUGCAUUCCCGAACCACAGAAUUUGUUCCAGAUGACGAUGAUUUGUUGUCUUCCAUACUUGUUGGGAAAAGAUCUUCAGCACUGAAACUUAAGCCCACUCCUCCUUUUGAGAUAACAUCAGUCAAACGCGCCCGCUUUGCUCGGAGUAGUACUCUGAAGAGGAAGGUGCUUAUGGAUGAAACCAUGGUUUUACAUGGAGAUACUAUAAGGCAACAACUGACAGACACUCAAGACAUACGUCGUGUACGCAAGAGAGCUCCUUGUACAUGCCCUGAAAUCUCUGUAAUCCAGAAACAGUUUAUGGAAGAUGAAAUUUUCAGUGAAUCCAUAUUAACUGGUGUCUCAAUGGAGUUAGGUUGUUUGCACAAGCAAACAUUUGAUCUGAUGGGGAUCAAGGUCUUACAAAAUGAUCAAAGUGGUACCCAAAGGGAUGAUGAAAACAGUAAGAACUUGGAUACCCACAGGGAACCUCUUGAAAGUGCAACUGAGCCACUGGGAACCUCUGUGAAUGAUGAAAACAGUAAGAACUUGGAUACCCAAAUUGAUGACAAGUUCAGUGGACCAGAUCUCACAAGAGAGAAUGGUAUAGAAGGUAGUGAUGAACCUUCAGUAACAGGAGAUGAUGACAAUGUAAAAGCUGUCCUGGUCGAGAACAAGCAAGGCGAAAGCUACAACUUAACUUUAGAUGAUAAUGAGAAUGCUACUCAGAUUCCGAUGAGCACCACUGCCAGUGUAGAAGAAGCUAAUGCUUCUCAACUUGAGCCUUCAGAAAAUGCCGUUGAAAAAACAAACAUUUCACUUGAUGAUGCAGAAAACAGUGCUCCAGCAGGAGUAGGGUCGUUAUACCCUAACAAUGGGGCUUUGGGUGAUGUAGGUGACAAUUCAACUGGGCUGCUUAUUACUGCUCCUUGUGAUGAGUCCAAAGACAUGGAUGCUCCUAUGCUAAUGGAUGAAUUUUGCAUGUCAACUGAUCAUGUGAUGGGUGAUCAAGAUGUUCCAAUGACAGAUAUGAGCAAUGAUAAACUUAAUGCUAGUAAUCUCCAAGAAGAUAACACUGUUGAUAUUACGGCAAUUGAUAGUGAACCUAGAGCAGAGGGCAGUGUUUUAUUCGAAGCAGCCCAAGUUGAUACUGCAGUUGAAGUCAAAACUUAUGAAGAUAUCAGAGAUGUAGAAUAUGACCCUCAGGUCUUGACUAAUGGUAUCUGUGGUGAACAGCCUACUCUAGACUCUUCUUAUUCAGCUGGAACUCAAGUGCCUGUUUUAGAUUUUGCCAUAGAUGGUGGAGAAAUUCCAUUUCAACAGGAAACUCCUCUCCCAAGCAUGUUUGAUGCAGAAGUCUGUGGUACUGAGCUUCAUGAUCCAGAUGCUUCUAAUUAUUUUGGUGGUGUGAAUGACACAGAGUUCCUAAAUGUUGACGAUGAUGAUGAUGAUGAAGCAGCUGAUGACUAUAUGCCUGACACUGAAGGAGCACGUAUAGCUGAUAACAGUGGAUGGUCUUCCCGUACUAGAGCUGUUGCGAAGUAUCUCCAGACUGUUUUUACCAAGGAAACAGAAUAUGGAAGGAAGGCUCCACUUUCCAUAGACAGUCUUUUGGUUGGGAAAACACGAAAGGAGGCAUCGAGGAUGUUUUUUGAAGCUUUGGUUCUGAAAACAAAAGAUUUCGUCCACGUAGAGCAGCCGAUUCCCUUCAAUGAUAUUACUAUAAAGCCUCGAGGGCAGCUUAUGAAAUCGGACUUUUGAACAGACGUCGAAGUAGGAGAAACAUGUAAAGUAGGGAAAAUCACGACUUUACUUUUUUCUGAUUUACGUUCUCAGUUCACAUGGUUGAUAGCUUUUGUUUUUGUUUGGAGGGAGAGGGUGGUUGGGAUGGUGGUGUUCCCAUUUCUUUGUUCCAGUUAAAUAGUGUAGAGUAGCUGAUUUAAUGCAGGUGAUAGUGACACUUGAGAUUGUAAUACUAUUUAUAUGUAUAUAACCUGUAAAAUUACGUCCUAUGCAAUCCAUGCCAAUUCUAUGAACUAUGAAUUAUGCCUUUCUAAUUUGAAAUGGAUAAUUUCCUAUGAAA